UGCAAUUUUGAGAACGGACAGUGUCAGUGGAGUGAUGUAAGUGUAGGUCCUAACAAAUGGCAAUGGGUGAAGGCCUCAAACAACACAGGUUUGCCCACUGACCACACCACUGGAACGGGGCACUACAUGCAGUCAUAUAUCAUGGAUUCCUCUAAGGACGAGGCUGUGUUUCAGAGCCCAUCUCUACCAAUCAGCUCUGCAUACUGUCAGCUUCUGUUUCACUUCUAUGUGGGUGCAGGAAGUGCAGGCAAUCUCAGCCUGAUCCUGCAGAAGGGGGAAGAGGACAGGAAGCUGCUCUGGUCACGAUCCAGCAGCACUUCAACUCAGUGGGUCCCAGAACACUUACCACUAGGCAAACAAGACCAGCCUUACAGGAUCAUUUUCAGCAGCCAGACCUCACUCAAACAGGAUGAUUCCCUGUCUACAACUCAGACCAUGGCCCUGGAUGACAUCUCCUUCCAAAACUGUGAGAAAGACUACCAACCUCCAGAAUUUUCCUUGGCCACAUGCUCAUUUGAGAAGGACUUGUGUGGGUGGAUCCAGGGAGCUGCAGAGGAACUAGACUGGGAGAGAUGGAGUGGACCUAAUGAGAGCCCAAAUGCAGGUCCUCCGGGCGACCACACCAGUGGAAAUGGGUAUUAUUUGUACAUCAAGAGCUCAAGUCACAGCAGAACAGGGGAUACGGCUCAUCUGAAGUCUCCUCUGUCUCCCCCAACUGGACCUGAUGGGUAUUGUUUCACAUUCUGGUAUCACAUGUUUGGAGCAACAGUGGGAUCACUAAGAAUGUCUGUAUAUGACAUUUCAUCUGACCACAUCAUAUCAAUGUGGCAAAGGAAGGGUUCUCAAGGGACUGAAUGGCAGAUGGCUCAGAGUCAUGUGAAACUGACAGAAGUUCAUCAGAUAUUAAUUGAGGCUUCAGUUGGAGGACCGUCUGGUCACAUUGCUAUAGAUGAUUUAUCUGUCACUAAAGGUGCCUGUGCUCCCACAGAGGGAAUUUGUGACUUUGAAGAGGGGGAUUGUGGCUGGACACAACAGAGUGUUGAUGACCUGGACUGGAUCCGAGUGUCAGGAAAAAUGUAAAAUCUAAAUUUAGACCUGGUUUUGACCAUACAACCAGCACAGCGAGUGGACACUACUUUUAUAUGGAAAGUGCGCCUACCCAUGUGCAAGGACGUACUGCUAGAACAACAUCUCCUUUGUAUCAAACAGGUGAUGCCAAGUGUCUUCAGCUGUGGUAUUACAUGGAGGGACAGGGCACUGGCACCUUAAAUGUGUAUCAACAGUUUUCAGAAAAGAUCGGCCCCUGCUGGUGAUUCUGUGGAGAUUCACUCAGACUCCUCUAACCAUCUCAGGGUCAAGCUACGGGAUUGUGGUGGAGGGGAUUACAGGACAAACUGAACAGGGAGUCGUAGCGCUUGAUGAUAUUCAGGUUUCAAACUAUCCCUGCACUCCUUCAGGACAAUGUGACUUUGAGGCAAACUUCUGCAGCUGGAUGAAUCUGUUGGAGGUGGAUGAUGCCGACUGGCUCCGAGCCCAAGCAGGCACUGGAAAUCACACACGACCCAGUGUGGAUCACACCACCAACUCUUCC